CUACUGUAUCACAAGCACAAUUGUGAGUUGUGAAUCAGAUAUAUGGCGCCUAGUGCUCGUUCGUAUCACGCUUCCGAAAGACCUCUUCCUCUCAACGCGCUCAGUCGACACUCAAGAGAUCUCCAUGCAUCGAUAGGUUUCUAUCGGCUUUUUCAUUCUGUUUCCACGCAUACAAGCUGUCCAGAGCGCAUCACACAAACGCCUUUGCCAUCGCAGUCCCCGUACGCCCUUUCACUGCUCCGAUCAUCCACCAAGCAGAAACGAAAAGGCUAGUUGUAGGGCAUAUUUCAGCGACAAGAUCGUAUCCAAAUCCUUCAACAACCGUAUCUCCAAGGCUUGCAGAGGGCCCAACUCGUCCUUCCUCCCGCUCCUGCCUUGUAGCUACAAUGUCGCGACAGUCCGGUGCUCAAUCUGCUCGAGGGUCAGUCUACGCCCCAGUUCCAAUGUCCCAAGGAGCUCCUCCCGGAGGAUCUCUCGGCGCCUCAGCUUCCCAUUUUCAAGCCUCAUCCUCAGCUACCGGACCUGCACCCACGGGGGCAGCAGCUCGUCUAGCUGCCAAGCAGGCCGAAUUGGCAGGACUUAGACAGUUGAAGGAACAGAGCGCUAGGCUGGCGAGGGAUGUGCAGGCUUUGGGCGAUGGAGUGGAUAGUCUUGUAAAUGGUGGAGAUGCCGUCGCAGCAGUUCUCUCCAGCUGGCAAGGCGUUUUCCGAGCAAUCCAACUAGCUCAAGCCUCUACAUUGAGCCGCGACGCAGGUCUGGCAGAUACGGAAGAGACACCAGGAACUGCGACUGGGACGUCAUUCGAGGCUGCUUUGCCAGACACCUUGGUACGCAUUCCCGUCGAUGGACCCGGUGCGGAGGCCAGCGCAGCGGAGGACAAUAGCGCGAGGGAAGAGUGAGGUGUGAUCUGGCUGGCUCACUUCAAGUCUGUAAGCUCUG